GGUAGUGUAAGCUUAGCUGACAUUCGAUGACUGCCCCUGCCUCUUUUUUUUCUCUUUUUUUAUUUUUUUUUAUCUAUCUUUACAUUUUCCUCCUUUCUCACUCAGAUAUCAUCCAAGUUGAAUUACUAAACACAUCAACAAGGACUGUCACGCGACCACACUCCACUCACCGAAUCCUCCAUCUCACCCGGCGACGAUAGGACGAACGGCUGUGAUAGGGACGCGAUGAUAUUGGGCGCGUAUCUGGUGAGAGGAUGAGACCUUUACAAACCGACCAGUCGCCUCUCAACCGACAAUAACCACAACGACAACGACGGAAGCAUGAAACCCAAAAAGCGAGACAGCAUGCCUAGCGACAUAGAAAUGGCCGCUUACGGCAGCAGAGGUGGAGAUUCCUUCGGCCAGGGAAGUUCAUGGAGUUUCCGGGAACCCUUCGCAGUCGGCCGCGUCCCGACAUGGGCACGCGCUCGCCAUCGCCAAGAACCGAGGUUGCGAACAUUCCUCGACUCGUUCAAACGGGACCCCGUCCGCCGGAUAUCAACCCAUGGCAUCUAUGCCCAGAGUCAUCCUGAUCAAUACCAAGCAGCCGACUCCUCGGAUGAACCUCCGACCGAACAGAAUCAUGGAAGCCACUACUUUGACCUGCACGCCGCCAACGUCAGGACGGCAAACACGGGUCUGGCCCGAGAGCUCAAGGGGAGACACUUGCAGAUGAUUGCCAUUGGGGGUUCAGUUGGUUCCGGUUUGUUCGUGGCCUCGGGCAAGUGUCUCUACCUAGGAGGUCCGGCCUCGCUCAUCAUUGCAUAUGGCUUUGUGGGUGUCAUGCUUUGGUGUACUAUUCAAGCUCUUGGAGAACUGGCCGUUGCUUUCCCCGUUGCCGGUUCCUUCUCGUCAUACUCUACAAGAUUCCUUGAUCCAGCAUGGGGGUUUGCCAUGGGGUGGAAUUAUGCCCUCCAGUGGUUGACAGUCCUGCCACUCGAACUCAUAGCAGCUUCCAUCACCAUCGGCUACUGGAACGACCAACUCAACAAAGCCAUCUUCAUCACCAUCUUCCUAGCAACCGUCAUCAUCAUCAACCUCUUCGGCGUCAAAGGCUACGGUGAAGCCGAAUUCGUCUUUUCCAUUGUCAAAAUCGCCGCCGUCACCGGUUUCAUCAUCCUCGCCGCAGUCAUCAACAUCGGCGGCUUCGACGACCCCCAAGGCAACACCGGCUACAUUGGCGGGCGGUACUGGACCAACCCCGGCGCUUUUCACCACGGUUUCAAAGGUCUCUGCUCCGUCUUUGUCUCUGCCGCCUUCGCCUUUACAGGUACCGAGCUGGUCGGGCUCGCCGCCGCUGAGACCGCCAACCCGCGUAAAUCCCUGCCGACAGCCAUCAAACAAGUCUUUUGGCGCAUCACCCUCUUCUACAUUGUCUCUCUCACCCUCGUCGGCCUCAUCGUCCCUUACAACCACGAGCGCCUCCUGGGAAACAUCCAGCACUACUCCGUCUCCGACGCCUCGUACUCGCCCUUCGUUAUAGCCAUCGAGUCGGCCUCCAUCCAAGUGCUGCCGGGAAUUAUGAACGCCGUCAUCCUCAUCGCCGUACUCAGCGUAGGCAACUCCGCCGUCUUCGGUAGUUCCCGCACCUUAGCAGCCCUGGCCGACCAGCGUCAAGCGCCCCAAAUCCUCGCCUACGUCGACCGCAAGGGUCGACCCCUCUUCGCCAUCCUUUUUGCUGCCCUCGUCGGCCUGAUCGGCUACCUAGCCGACCUGAAAUUUCAAUCCGACGUGCUAAACUGGCUGCUCGCCGUCUCGGGCCUUUCGUCCAUCUUCACCUGGGGCUCCAUCUGCCUCUGCCACAUCCGCUUUCGCCGCGCCUGGGCCCGUCGCGGCCGGUCCCUCACCCAAUUAUCCUUUACAGCACAGGCAGGCAUCACGGGGUCGUACGUCGGCCUUUUUCUCAAUGUCUUUGUGCUGAUUGCCCAAUUCUGGAUUGCGGCGUUCCCGAUUGUCACGUUUACAGAUAACCAGUCGGCGGCUACCGCGUCGCCGAGUAAAGUGGCGCAGAGUUUCUUUUUGCAGUAUCUGUGUGUGCCGAUUGUGGUGGCGUUUUACUUGGUGUAUAAGUUGUGGUUUAGGACCAAGAUUGUGAGGAGUGAUGAGAUGGAUUUGGACACGGGACGGAGGAGGGAUGUGAAUUUGCCUGUGUUGGUGAUGAGGGAGAAGGAGGAGGUAGAAGGGUGGCCGGGGUGGAAGAGGGUUUAUCGGUUUUUUUGUUGACCGUUUCACUGGGGUUAUUUGGGUUGGAGUGGUUUGCUUUGGCUUGGGUUGAAUGGUUAGGAAUACCCUAAUUAUGUCUGGGAGUUUGUGUUGGAGUAUCUGGGAAGGGUAUGUCGGAAUUAUGGGAUUAUGGGAUGGAAUAUGAAGCGAGGCGUUUAGAGUUUGUGGGCUGGGAACGAAUUUGCAAUGGAAUUUUGAUUCAGUUCAGUUCACUUCAGUUUUGAUGAUACCAUGGCCGGGGCUUGUUAGUAUACACCACUUGUAACUGUAAUGACCAUGAAUGGAGAAGAAUCAAAAGAUUCGCAUAAUCGGCUUUU